AUCGAAAUUUCGAGACAACGACAACGACGCGAACAGUGAUUAGGAGUGGUAGCGAGCGGUUUUUAUAAGCGCCCAAUUUUUAAAUUUAAACACAUUAGUUAGAGAAUCAAAUCGAGUAAUAAAAUGUUGCAGGUUUAAUCAGAUAUUAAUUUCGAUUCUCUUUGUGUAAAUGUGUGUUAAUUUUCAACUCGCUUAAUAAUUUUCUAUGUUCUCUAUCUGUAUGUACAAUCGUAAGACCUUAAAUCGAAAGAUAAGUGUACACAAGUGAUUAAUUAACGGCCUUGAAAUGAAGGACUAUUUAUAAUGGUACAGAACAAAGUCUAUAAGAGGAAAUAAAGUACAGUAUACUUUAUAAGUAUACUGAUAUCUUUAAGUUAAUUCAAUGACUAAAUAAGAUGAUUGAUAAAUAUAUUUUACAAUUAGUCAUUUGUUCUUAAUACUAUUUAGAGGAAUAUAUUUAUCGCUUUUAUUUCAAAUGCAGUAGCUCAUUGAUCUAUCGAGGAAUAAACACAGUAUCGAAACUUCAGAAGUAAAAAUUCAAAUACGGACAAUGCAUAAGGGAUUAAAAUUUUGUAAAAAUUACAACAAAGUGGCAUUCAUUAAUGGACCUUUAAAACGUUGCAUAAAAACUGUACCACAUUCGAUCGAAAAAAACGAUGUGGAAACUAUUCGUUCUUAUGAGGAUAUACCUGGACCAAAACCAAUAUGGUUAUUAGGCAAUACUUUUAGAUUCUUACCUUUUAUCGGCGAAUUUGGAAAUAAGCCAUUGGUAGUGCAAUUAAAAAUGCUUCGCGAUGAAUACGGAGAUAUAGUUAAGAUGGAUGGUUUACCAAAUCAGCGUAAAACCAUAUUUGUAUUUUCAUCGGAAAUAAUUGAAAAGAUCUAUCGUACGGAAGGCCCAUGGCCUCAAAGGAUUGCCAUGGAAGCAUUGCAUUAUUAUCGUAAAAAUAGAGAUUGGAUUUAUAAAGGAACAUAUGGUUUAACUACAAGUCAAGGUAAAGAUUGGUAUAAUUUUCGGACGAAAGUUAAUCAACACAUGAUGCAACCACGCGUUAUUAAUCCCCAUAUUGAACAAAUGACAGACAUUGCAACGGAAUUUAUCGAAAAGAUACGAAAAGAAUUAAGAGAUCCUGUUACCUUGGAAUUAUCUCCUUCGUUUAACAAUGAAAUGAAUAAAUGGGCUUUGGAAUCGAUAUGCGCAAUCGCAUUAAAUCAUCGAUUGGGUUGUUUAAAAUCUAAUCUAGCUGAAGAUUCGGAACCCCAGAAAAUGAUUAAUAGCAUACACGAAAUGUUCGAUCUUAUGUUUCGUUUAGAAUUAAUGCCAUCUUUGUGGAGGAUAUAUAACACGCGUACUUUAAAAAAAUUUUUCAACGUUCUAGAUACUCUUAAUGGAAUAUCAAUUAAAUAUAUCACUCAGGCGAAAGAAAGAUUAUACAAUGAAACAGCAGCUAAUACGCGCGAACGAAGCGUGUUAGAUAAACUUUUGUUUAUUGAUGAACAAAUUGCUUGUGUAAUGGCGCUUGAUAUGUUAACUGCUGGGGUUGAUACGACGAGUAACACAUGCGGAAUGUUGUUGUACCAUUUGGCAAUGAAUCCACGUGCUCAGGAAAAAUUGCAAGAGGAAAUAAAGUUAGCAUUACCCGAUAAAGAAUUACCAAUUACAGUGCAAACUAUGAAAAACAUUUCAUAUUUAAAAGCGUGUCUCAAAGAAUCUCUUAGAUUAUCACCGAUCGCAAUUGGUACUCUUAGAACAAUGCAAGAUGAUAUUAUUAUAGGUGGAUACAAAAUACCGAAAAAUUGCGAUAUUAUAUUAGGACAUUCACUGUUAUCAAUAGACCCUAAAGAAUUUGAAAAUCCGAAUGAAUUUAUACCGGAAAGAUGGAUACGAGGAGAACCAAAUUUUCCAUCCGCAAAAAACGCUCAUCCCUUUUCUUACAUGCCAUUUGGUUUUGGAGCUCGUACUUGUAUUGGUAGACGAUUUGCCGAGUUUGAAAUUGAAAUUUUAGUGUUAAAGUUGCUGCAAAAUUUCCGUAUCGAGUGGCAUCGUCCACCUAUAAAAUUAAACAGUCGGUUAAUCAAUACCAUCGCAUCUCCAUUAAUAUUUAAAUUAAUAGAUUUGUAAUGGAAACGAUAAUGAUUAAUUAACAUGAGAUGCAAUACACGCAGAAAAGAGGCACUGAUAAUAACGUGCGUAAAAAUAAAAAAUGGCUUAAAAAGUCGCCUUAAGAUCAAAGUAUUUGUAAGUUCAAGGUGCAAAUUAAUUAAGAAGGUAAUUUAAAUCUUUAGAUCAUGUGUGUGUGUUUUUGUGAUUAUGCAGUCAAAUAAUAAUUUUCAAAAAACAUCAUUGUCAAAAGCACUUAUAGGUGCAUUUAUAUUUUUAUUAUGGACUUCAUGAUUAUUAUGAUCUUAUUAUUAGUAUAUAUAACAUUAUAUAUAUAUAACAUUUUUAUUGAAUUAUAAAAUUUAAGAAGUUAAACUUAAAAAAAAAAAGUAAAAAUGAAGUAUUAGGUCCCACCGAGAUUUGAACUCGGAUCGCUGGAUUCAGAGUCCAGAGUGCUAACCAUUACACCAUGGGACCUUGCGUAAGAAUCGGUAAGUUUAACCAUUUCAAGGGCAGAAAAUAUCAUAAAUAAAAGCUAAUUAUUA